CCAGCACUUCCGGAGUGGGAGGCAGGCCGCGACGCGUUCGGAAGGAGUAAAAUGGAAGGAGAAUCAAGCAGAUUGGAAACCCACACUCCAGUUUUCGUCAAGAAAAAGACUAAGCAUUCUGUACAUAAGAAGAGACAUGGGAGGCAUCCCCAUGAAAGUUUCAGAGACUCCUCCCUGGCAAAUGAACAGCCUGACAUAACUAAGGGUAAAAAAAAGAGAAAGGAUGCCCAGCAUCUUGUUUCUUCUCCUUUGAAAAAAUCAGAAAUUUGCGAUGAGACUGAAAAGGCCACUUCUAUACCCAAAAAGAGUAAAAAGAGAAGAAAAGGUGCUUUGGGGGUCGAUAAGGAAACAGGUGUUGCGUGCGUCCUGGUGAAUAAAGAAAACAUUGAGAACACACCAAAGAAUUUUACAAAGAAUGUCGAUGUCGUUUACAUUGAUGUAAGCAAGGAGCGAAAGUCAACAAAAGGGCCUGAAGCAGAUGAACCGCAUUUAGUUACUAAGUCACAUGAACAUGAGUCAGAACUGCAUGAUAAAGUUCGGGAGAAAAAGCAGAAAAAACGUCGGAGGAGAGUUUCAUCCUGCGAUGCUGCCCAGGAAAGUCUGGGUGCAAGCAUCACCCUGCCCGGAUCAGAACCCCAAGAGCAGGAACCCCAGCCUCCCAUGGGCCAAGAAGGUGAAAUUGCACAACUACCAGUGUCUGCAGAUCAAAGCAAGUCUAAGAAAAGAAAGAGGAAGCGUCCAAAUGACCAGGAAUUCGAGGCCUUGCCUGCGCCUGAGAGCGCUGAGAACAUAUACUCAGAGGGAUCGCAAGUGAUUGGUGAGGUCGGGACUGCAGGGGGCAAUCAGGAAUCCAGUGGCCUCAAGAAAAAGUCUAAGAAAAGGAAGAGAAGAUCUUCUGUUGAUACUGCCGUGGCACCUGGUGGUGAUUUUUCAGUCCUCAGGACGAACUCUGAGGACACACUCUUUGAUUCAGUGGAAGGUAAUGGUACCUUGAUUGAAGAAAGUGUGAAACGCAGGCCACAAGAGGAGAAACCCCAGGCCUGUUCGGAAGAGGUGCAGAGAUUAGAACCUACAAAUGAAGAAGAAAGCAAUUUGGAGUCGGCUAAAGAUCCUGAAACCAAGUAUUUAUCUGAAGAUUCGAGAGAUUCAGAUAAUUCAGACGUGGAUUUGGAUUCUGCUGUGAGGCAGCUCCAGGAGUUCAUCCCUGAUAUCAAGGAGAGGGCUGCCACUACAAUUAAGCGAAUGUAUCGGGAUGACUUGGGACGCUUUAAAGAAUUUAAAGCCCAGGGUGUCGCUAUUAAGUUUGGCAAGUUUUCCGUGAAGGAAAAUAAGCAGUUAGAGAAAAACGUGCGAGAAUUUCUGUCUCUGACAGGAAUCGAGAAUGCAGACAAGCUGCUGUACACAGACAGAUACCCAGAGGAGAAAUCGCUAAUCACCGACUUAAAAAGAAAAUACUCGUUUAGAUUGCACAUUGGUAAGGGCAUUGCCCGGCCCUGGAAACUCGUAUACUACCGAGCAAAGAAGAUGUUUGAUGUCAACAAUUACAAAGGCAGGUAUAGCAAAGGAGAUACCGAGAAGCUAAAGAUAUACCAGUCCCUCCAUGGAAACGACUGGAAAAAGAUUGGCGAGAUGGUGUCUCGAAGUAGCCUCUCUGUGGCCCUGAAGUUCUCCCAGAUCAGCAGUCAAAGAAAUCAUGGUGCUUGGAGCAAGACGGAGACCCAGAAACUAAUCAAGGCUGUUGAAGAAGUGAUUCUAAAGAAAAUGUCUCCCCAGGAGCUAAAUGAGAUGGAUUCUAAACUCCAAGAGAAUCCUGAAGGCCGCCUGUCAGUUGUUCGGGAAAAACUCUACAAAGGCAUAUCCUGGGUAGAAGUGGAGGCUAAAGUGGAAACCAGGAAUUGGAUGCAGUGUAAAAGUAAGUGGACGGAAAUUCUAACCAAGAGGAUGACAAAUGGUCGGGACGUAUACCGGGGAGUUAAUGCCCUACAGGCCAAGAUCAACCUCAUUGAAAGGUUGUAUGAAAUAAAUGUGGAAGAUGUUAAUGAAAUAGACUGGGAAGAUCUUGCUAGCACCAUAGGGGAUGUUCCUCCAUCUUAUGUCCAAACUAAAUUUUAUAAGCUGAAAGCUACCUGUGUUCCCUUUUGGCAGAAGAAGACUUUUCCAGGACUUUCAGAAGUACUAAAUGAGAUAAUGAGCUUGAAAAGUGUGGUCACCAGGCCGCCGGGCGUUUAGCAAGCACUGGGUGAGUAGCUGCGCGUGCUUCUGGGUUGCACAGCACACGUGCUCACGUGCACACGCUCACACCACAUGCCUGCACGCACACUGAUCCACAAAAAACUGGAGAUACAGUUUCUUCUCUGCAGCCAUUUGUAGGUGGUUUACAUAUGUAAUUCCCAAACCUGGAGUAUCAGAGUCAGGUGGGGAACUUGGGAAAAAGGUACAUACCUGGGUCUCAUCCCAGACCCAGUCGAUCCUAGUCUCCAGUCUGGGUCCAGAGGCUAGGUUUUUCUCUAACAAGCUCACAAGUGAAUCGCCAGUGGCCUGCCCAGCAUCAUUGUUUGGGAACCGCUGGUUCGGGUAACACUCCGCCCUGCAGUGUGUGACAAAAUGCUCCUUGCGUUCAACAGACACCACUUCCUGGGUUUGAAUCCUGGCUUCGCCCUCCUGACUCUAUGACUUUGGAUGAGUUUCAUAAUGUCUUUAUGCCUCAUUUGAAAAACGGGUGAACAAUAGUGCCUACCUCAUAGGAUUUUUGAGAGGAUUGAAUGAGUGACUAUGAAUAAAGCAGUUAGAGCCAGGUCUUGUACACAGUAAUGCCAGUAGCAAUGCGUUGUCGUCAUCCGCGCCGUCCGUCCUUUGACCGUGGGAAGAGGCUUUGUCAGAUCAUCUCAAGAUUCAAUUUCUUU